CGCAUCCGCGCGGGGGAGCGGACAGUCUGGUGCUGAAUGGGCGCGAGCGCUGCGCCGGGGGCGGGCGGGGGCGCGGGGCCCUGGACUGGAGGCCGGCCGGCGCCCCCUCCCUAGCAUGCGGACGAAGGCGGCCGGUGGCGCGGAGCGGCGUCCCCUGCAGCUGCGAACGGAGGCGGCGGCGGCGGCGGCACCUGCCGGCCGAGCAAUGCCCAGUGAGUAUAACUGUGUGAAACUGAGAAGUGAUUGUUCAAGACCCUCUCUGCAAUGGUACACCCGAGCUCAAAACAAGAUGAGAAGACCCAACCUGUUGUUAAAAGACAUCCUCAAGUGUAUAUUGCUUGUGUUUGGCGUGUGGAUCCUUUAUAUCCUCAAGUUAAAUUAUACUACCGAAGAAUGUGACAUGAAAAGAAGGCAUUAUGUAGACCCGGACCGUGUAAAGCUAAAAACCACAUAUCACCCUGAGGACUACACUUUGUGCUGUGUAGUUAAUUAUGGCCAAAUGUGCUUCUCUCUGACUCUGCAGACCUGCGCUCACAUAGCUAAGAGAGCUCAGAAAUAUGCUCAGCAAGUCUUGCAGAAGGAAUGCCGACCGAAGUUUGCGAAGAAGUCCAUGGCGCAGUUGUUUGAGCACAGGUACAGCAUGGACUUACCGCCUUUCAUGAAGGAGGCCCCCAAAGUGAAUGAAGCCGAGUACAAGUACGAUCCUCCUUUUGGAUUCCGGAGGUUCUCCAGCCAAGUCCAGAGCCUCUUGGAGAUAUUGCCUGAGCACGACAUGCCUGAACACUUAAAAGCAAAGAGCUGUAGGCGUUGUGUGGUUAUCGGAAGCGGCGGGAUACUGCACGGACUAGCACUGGGCCAUGCCCUGAACCAGUUUGAUGUUGUGAUAAGGUUAAACAGUGCACCAGUUGAGGGAUAUUCAGAGCAUGUUGGUAAUAAAACUACCAUAAGGAUGACUUACCCAGAGGGUGCGCCACUGUCUGACCUUGACUAUUAUUCCCAUGACUUGUUUGUUGCUGUUUUAUUUAAGAGUGUUGACUUCAACUGGCUUCAAGCAAUGGUGAAAAAUGAAACCCUGCCAUUUUGGGUGCGACUCUUCUUUUGGAAGCAGGUGGCGGAAAAAAUCCCACUACAGCCAAAACAUUUCAGGAUUUUGAAUCCAGUUAUUAUCAAAGAGACUGCCUUUGACAUCCUUCAGUACUCAGAGCCCCAGUCAAGGUUCUGGGGCCGAGAUAAGAACGUCCCCACCAUUGGUGUAAUUGCUGUUGUCUUAGCCACACAUCUGUGUGAUGAAGUCAGUUUGGCAGGCUUCGGAUAUGACCUCAAUCAACCCAAAACACCUUUGCACUACUUUGACAAUCUCUGCAUGGCUGCCAUGAACUUUCAGACCAUGCAUAAUGUGACAACAGAGACCAGGUUCCUCCUAAAGCUGGUCAAAGAGGGCGUGGUGAAGGACCUCAGCGGAGGCAUCCAUUGUGAAUUCUGAACACAGAGAAACCUCACUUGAAGAUGCAGCUCUGACUCUGAAGGCUGUUUUUCCUAGCCUUCUUGAUCCAUUUCAUCCUGCAAAUACUUUGAAGUGCAGCUGGUGUUUUUAACUUUUAAUUUAAAAAAAAAAAAAAAGUUUAGCUCUUCCCACUUUGCCCCCCCCCCACCUAUUUAUUUGAGGUCAGUGUUUUUGCACAAACUUUUGUAAGUUAAUUUUGAGAAUUGAAUGGGAAAGACUUUUCAAAGAGACUUGUAUGUAAUGAUGUUUUAUUGAAUUUUAAGAACGUUAUUUAAUUUGUAAAAACUCUGUCCAUGUCUACUGCACACAGAAUACCAGGUAAUUAAGUGGAAGGAGAAUGGAGGUCACUCCUUUGAUGAGA